AUGUAUCAGGCAACGAGGCUUUUCGCUUCAAAUAUGAACCAGAAAAUGUGUCAAAGGUUCUACAACUUGAUUCUGCUCCCUCGUAUUCGCGACGACAUUGCCGAAUAUAAGAAGCUGAAUUUUCACCUAUAUCAGGCACUGAUCAAAUCGUUGUUCAAACCGUCGGCGUUUUUCAAAGGAUUCCUUCUACCUCUUUGUGAGAGUGGGACGUGCUCAUUGCGUGAAGCCACCAUCAUUGGUAGUAUCCUGUUGAGAGCGUCCAUCCCUAUGCUGCACGCGUCUGCGGCGAUGUUGAAAAUUGCCGAAAUGGAGUACAGCGGAGCGAACAGCUUAUUCUUGCGCCUCCUGCUCGACAAAGUUUACACUUUGCCGUUUCAAGUGAUCGACGCGCUCGUCGGUCACUUUCUAAGAUUUAUGAAUGAUAAACGCGAGUUACCGGUCCUGUGGCAUCAGUCAUUGCUUGCUCUCGUUCAGCAUUACAAAGCCGACUUGAGCAACGAACAAAAGGAGGCGCUUUUGGAACUGAUCAAGCACCAGAGUCAUUACCAGAUCAGCAGCGAAAUACGGCGGGAGCUGACUACCGCUGUCCCUCGCGAUGCUGAGCUGAAUGAGACUGAACAGUCGAUGGAAUUAUGA